AAUUUCUAUAAUUCUAUGCUUCUUACUUUUUUCAGUGGUGCAGAGGUGACAUUUGAUGUUUUUGUUCAAGACGACGAAACGUUAGCCGAGGUUACAGAUCAGUUUGAGAAUUGCAACCAACCUGGAAAACCUCCUUGCAAGCUCGGCUUUGUGCCCUUCGAAAGCGGUAAAGUCGAGCCUACAAAGCAAUGCAGUGAGUUGAAGGCCAUUGCCAUCGACUUCGGCAUGAAAUGCAUAGACGGCGAUAACGGUACCAUAUUUUCCUGUGAUGGUGUCAAAACCCAGCCCAUCGGAUCGGCAAAACUAGAUGGGAUGCCCUUCGAAAUUUGCAAACCACGACCAUGCAACGAGACCUGCCAAGGUGAUGACCGAAAGCAUUGCGUCCUCGAAUCGUGUGUCUGCAAGCCACAGUACAAGUAUGACUCGGAAACUGGAGAGUGCAAAAAUAUAUGCGAAGCCAUCCCGAACCUCUGCCAUCGAGAUGCAAUUUGUGAACCCGGUGUAAACUACCAAAACUUCUACUGCAGGUGCCCUGAUAAACGAACAGGACCACAGUGCCAACGUGAGAACAAGCCUUUGCAAUCUGCCCAGCUGAACAUUGUCAUCGUUGGUGUCGUCCUUUCAUCCUUGUUACUGAUGUGCUUCGUCGUCUCUGCAAGCAUCAUAUCGAGGUUGAAGAAGAAACUUGAAGGCCCCAACUUCAAGAAAGAUCCUGAACGAAAUCCACAGCGUGAGCUUCGUGGCUACGACGGCCCGUACAGGGCUUCGGACCCAGCCUCCUUACGCCGAGAGAGGGACCACACGUCGCUAUGAGAGCGCUCACUUCAUGUUAUUCAUUUUUUUCUUCUGCAAGUCCUUUGUUUUUCAACAUCUGUCAUCACCACGAUCGAUUACGGGUUGCUCAUUUGAGUGCUAGAAACGUGUUCCCCAGGACUUCGCUGUUUUCAUACAUGAGCUGCAUGGCUAAGCCAUUUGAUGAUGCGAGCCUUGAAAGUCAUUACGAACUAUCGAAAUGAGCUGCAUGGCUAAGCCAUAUGUUGCAAGCGUAAUAACCACGGAUGUCCAAACUAGCACCAAUCAAUGACAGGCAACUACAUUUUUUCUGGGCAGAAUCAUCGAUAGUAACAUUAGACGUUGUUGUUUUUUUUUUGUUUUUUUUUUUUUUGAAGGUUGUGUAUGUCGAGUAAGAAAAAAAUAAAGGUGACUAAUUAUUUAAGA